AUGGGGGAAGAGGCUAAGAGACGGCUGCAGAGCAAGGAGAGAGACGAGGAAGGAGGAGGAGGGUGGCGCUGGCAGUGGCAGGACACGGCACUAACCAUCAAAUUUUUCUCUUUUUUUCUCCCUUCCCUCUUUCCUUCUUCCUUCAGAACCCCUGACCCCCUUCCCCCUUUCCCAUCUCACCUCACCUCCCCCUCCCUUUUCUGGCUACAGACGGAGACAGCUAUGCAGUCCUUCCGUGAGCGCAGUGGUGGUUACCACAGCAACCAACCCUGCUACCAGCAGGAGCCCCAUGAAUUAUCCCGCCUGGAGACCUACCGGCAACAUCCUCAUCAUCCCCAACCCCAGCACCCGCAUCCAAGCCCUGGUCCACAUCCAGGCCCAGGUCCAGGUCCAGGGCACACAAGGACAGGCUAUGAGGCUCUUUCACUGGCAAACCCUACAAGCAUGCCUCCAACUGGAGGACCAGGAACUGGAGGAGGACCCAAGGACUGUUACAGCCAGCAAGCCUACCCUGGAUACCCGGGAAAUGGUGGAGGGAAUGGAAGUGGAAAUGGAGGCUCUGCACCCUCACAGGCAAAAAAAUCAUACAGACCAAGCAAAGUACCCCAAACCAACACCACUCAGCACCUGCAGGGACCUGGGGCCUACAGUAACCACAUGGGGCCUGGUAGUUACUCAGCUCAGUAUAUAAGUGAGGGCCACCUGCAGCAGAAAUGGGAGGACCAAGCCCAGCUAGCACAGUAUGACCAGGAGCUGAUCGGACGUAUGGAAGGUAGUGGUACCCCUGCACCUGGUUCCUCCCAGUAUAUGGACCAGAACAUGCUGGGCCACUCCCAGACUCAGUGCCACCAGCCCUCCACCCCAGCCUAUACCAGCCCCCACCAUCAACCUCACCCUCCUAACCCUGCUCAAUCCCCUCUCAUGUACCCUCAGAGUCACCUGCACUACCCCCAGCACUCACCUUCUCCAUCACCAUACAUGGAAAAGUGCAGCCCUAUGCCUCAUUGUUAUAAAGGUUACAACAUGCCAACCAACUCCCAGUAUGGAAGACAAAUGAGUAGCAACAUUAAUCUAAAGCAGGGAGGUUACAGGCCAACUCAGAACAGUUACAGCUAUCAGCAGCCUCCCUCAAGAGCUUAUGAGCAGCAGCCCCCUUUACAGGCCAUGACCAACCCCCAGGAGUCCCACACAAAAUAUCAACACUACAGCCAACCCCAACAAAACUACUGUCUCUCGGAUCUCUCUGUCAGAUCGCCAGAACAAUAUUAUCAGACCUGUAGCCCUUCCUCAAGCCACUCCCCUGCACGUUCUGUUGGGCGCUCCCCUUCGUACAGUUCCACCCCUUCACCGCUAAUGACCAAUCCAGAGUCGUUCCAGUAUGGUCAACCACCCAUGACCCCUGGGGCAGCCUCCUCUUCUUCAUCCUCUUCAGCCGGUAUGCAGGACCAAGCCAGUACCAAUACCAUGUUGAUGCCCCCACGAUCGCACCCUUCACCCAAUGUGCCCCACGCAGCACCCCAUAGCUACACUACUACACCACAGGUCCCCACCAUGAAAGAACGCUUCUCAGAGAAGUUGCUGUCCAACCCCAGCUUGUGGAGUCUGAAUGCCCUCACCUCUCAAGUCGAGAAUAUCUCAAAUAAUGUCCAGCAGCUUUUGCUUUCAGAGGCUCUGGUGGCCAACAAAAAGGGAAGUAAGCGCAGCAGUGGAGGAAGCAACAGCAGUGUUGGAAGUGGGGCAUCCUCCAAAAAGGGUGACGAGUACAAAAGUCCUCCCUAUCCAGAUAGUGGUGCUGGGAGUGUUGGCCCCAUGCAGGACCCUUACUCAACUCCACAGCAUCAGCCAAUGCCUAUGGAGCUCCAUGAGGGAGGCUACUCCAGCAGUAGUGAUGAACAACUGGAGAGGGGCUACUACUACUGUGGCCAGGGCAGAAGUCCAGCACAAGCCCCCAAUAACACACAACAAAGCUUGGAUACAGCCUCUUCAUGCUCCAUGACAUCUCCAGACGAUAUGUCCACUAGGUCUGGGGACUCAGGUCUUCACAACCUUACCCCUGACCCUACUAGAUGUCAGUCAGGCCAAGGAGAUGGCAUGAGUACUCCAGUAAAGAGCAUUGGUGAUGAGAGGUCGCCGACAAGUAUAACAAUUCCUAGUCCGAUGAAACAAGAAAGGGACUCUCCUUUGGAUAUACAGCAUAUCAGUGAGCCUGUCAAAGAAAACUUUGAAGAAUCAGCAUGGACAGAGAAACCAGUGGACAAAGAGGAGGUGACAACAGAUAAAAACCCUGACCUUAACAGAGAUUCAGACAUGGCUAAAUCAACAGAGAACCUUGAGAAAUGGUCGGAUGAAGAGAAAUGCACGGCUCGAUACAGCGACCUAAACAAAGAUGAGACAGACAAAGGCUACUGCUAUAAGGAGACACUUUACCAACAUGUACAGAGCAAAUAUGACUCUGAUGCAAGAGACUCAGUUGAACAGUCCCCAGCAGCUCUCUCUGACUCCAGCCACAAGGAACACUUUGUCAAUGAGAUGAAAUCUGAGGCAUUCAAGUCAGAGUCUCCGACUGCUUCUGAGAGCUCAGUGAAAACAUUGCCUUUCGUUUCUGGGGGUGACCUUGAACAGGAUCAAUAUUCAACAGAGAAGGAUGACAGCUCAGAGAAUGCCUCCCCUACCCCCCUAGCGGAGGUCUUAAAUGAGAGCAACUUGGACAAGAGAGAGAGCAGAGAUGAGGAGGAUGAAGAGAGAGAAGACGAGGAAGAAGCGGAAGAGAAAAAUGAAGAAAUACAGAAAGAAAAGCUACACACUCUUUCACCUCCUCUGUCUGCCGACGAAAGGGAGGAGCUGGGGGAGGGAGAGACAGUGAGCCAGUCAUCGACUGAGGAUCACAUGAAUAAUAAAAAUGUGCCAGAGAAGCCUCUUGGAGAUCUCUGCAGAAGGACAGAGAAUCAGAAUACCGAACUCCUGAUUGACAAUGAGUCCGCAGGGGCACCUUCACAUCCUAAUCCAGCAGCAGUAACGGCAGCAGCAGGUGCUUCUGAAAGGGAGUCAGCCAUUGGUGACACUGCUCCUCAGCCUCAGUCAUCUUUGCCAGUUUUCUCAGCUCUCAAUGACAAGGGAACACUCCAGGCUAGGGAUCAUAUAGAUCACAGUGACACUAAAGUGCUGGAGCCAGACUCUCCCCAGCUCCCAGGGAAGUCGAUACUUCCCUCAGCUCCCUCCUGGGCAGAUACUCCACCCUCCCCAAAAAAAGGUGAUGAGGACAUGGAACCAGGCAUCAGUUGUGCCAGUGCUGUGACCCCCUUGGCCAAGCCAGAGCCUGUUGCCCCAUCUGCUCAGCCCAGAGCAUUCGGACGCAAGCAUGCCAGGGGCAGAAGAAGAAUAAUGCAGUCAGGUGAUGGAAUCAGGCGACAGCUAAGUUUGGAGAGGGAGGGGGAAAAGGAACAGGAAGGAGCCCCCUCUCCUACACAGAAACCAUGCAUGUCUCCGAGUAAAACUGUUUUAUUUACAGAUCAGACGGACCUAGCUCAUCAGGAGUCUAUUGUGAGCCAGAAUCCCAAAAUGCUAACGGAUGCUUUUCGAUCUAGAAUGUGCACUCGCUCAUUCAAUUCACUUGACUCACCACCCAAAGUUGAGCCCAAUGUUAAGAGAAAACCUGGUCCAAAACCAGGUCCAAAGCCUGGGUCAAAACCUGGACCAAAACCAGGACCAAAACCAGGAGCAAAGCCAGGACCAAAACCAGGGCCUAAACCUGGCCUAAAGCCUGGACCAAAGCCUGGAUUAAGACCUGGACCAAAACCAGGGCCAAAACCAGGACAGAAACCUGUGCCAAAUGAACCAGAGGUGCCACUAAAAAUUGAGACUACUCUGAGAAGAAAGCCUGGACCGAAACCAGGUUCAAAACCUGGCGCUAAACCUGGGCCAAAACCAGGACCAAAAACUGGUUCGAAACAAGCUCCUAAACCAGGUCCAAAAGCAGGACAUAAGCCCGGACCCAAGCCAGCAGAAAUUUUACCGCCUGCUGACACUACACCUUUAAAGGGCUCUGUGGGUCGUCCCAAAGGGUCAGUUUCUAAAGUAAAAGUGGUACAACAGGAAGAAACAACCCAGCCUUUGACUGCACAGCAAAGCAGAAACAGGAAGAGCUCAAAGGCUUCAAUAUCACAAGUAAACGAGGAUGUAAAACCAGUAAAUCAAGAAGAAAAAAGAGUAAACCAGGAGGAGAAGGCACCAGAAAAGGAAAGUAAGAACAUGGUGUUAAGAUCCAGAAAGCCCUCACAAGAAAAACCCUCAAAAGAAAAAGAAAAAAAUGGAGGGGAGAAUGCUCUCCCUCAGGUUGUAACUGAAAUAAAAGCCAGUGAUAUUACUCCAAAAACAGAGGUGUCUACCUUGAAAGAAACUAUAACUACAACUCCUAAUGAAGUAAAAAACACAGAUGUUCCAGCAGACCCACCUGCACUAGUUGCAGAACCACUCCCAACUGAAAAAUCUGAAGAAAAGACAUCGCUUCCACUAAAACGGAAACCUAGUCCAGAACUUUCUUUAACACAAGUAAAGAAAAAGAGGGGUCCAAAACCCAAAUCCAAACCCAUACUGCCUGACCCAGCUGUUUUGGAAGAAAUUGUCUCCCCACUUGUGGGCUCCAGGAGAAAGCGAGGGUCAGCCAAGAAAGCUUCUGUGGUUACUACCCCAACCAAAGACAGUCUUCCAAACAUCAAUGAAACUGAUAUCACAACUGACACUCCUGUGGUGCCUCCUCAAUGCCCCACUAGAACAAAGGUUCUCCCACCACGCAAAGGUAGAGGACAGAAAUAUGAGGCCAUGGUGCAGAAAAUUACAUCUCCUAGCUUGAAGAAACACCUCCCAAUUCCCCAGACAGAGAGCAAUCUAACUGAUGAUGUGACAACCAAGGUUUUGUCUCAACACGCCUUGAAGGAAGGUGAGACGUCAGUGCUCAUACAUGGCCCUGAGAUGAUGGAGGGAGAAGAAAAAAGCAUAGAUUCUAGACAAGAACAAUAUAGUAAAGAGGAGACAGCACAAGAAAGAAAAAAACACAAGAUUAGUCAAGAGGCAUCAACACAAAAGGAGGUGAGAACAGGGUCUGAAGAAGAGGUUGUAAAUAAGGAGGAGAUGAGACAGGAAAACCAUAAAGCAGGGACGCCACAGGAUGGUGAGGCUGACAAGGUUUGGAACUCAAGGGAUGGCCCAGUAGAAGUCAAGCCUCAAGGAAAGUCGAAACAACAGGCCUCAGAAGCUUUACCUUCAACUGCAAAUAACUCCUCGAGAACUAAAAGAAAGAGAUGGGCCAUGGUCGAGAGUACUGAUGCCUCAGUAGUAGCAUUGGAAGCAGAUAGCCUGAUAGUUACAACGCCAAGGCUAGCUAAGCAGAGAGCAAUUAAAAACAACCAUGAGAUGCACCUUAAACAGAGGAGGAAGAAGAGAAAAGGCCAAAGCCUUCAAGAAGAAACAGAAAUAGUCCAAGAGAUAAAAGUUGAAGCAGCGGAACAGCAACAGGAGAGGGUAGAAGAAAAGGUAAACACAACAGAAUCUGCAGCACCUCUGCCAAUCAGCCAAGAUGAGAUCAAAGAAGCUCCCCAGGUCGCCAGCACAGACCAUAUCCAGAAACCAAGGAGAGGCAGAAAGCCAUCAACAGAUCCAGCCAAAAGGAAACGCAGCAAAUCCUCAACAGAGCCGGUUCCUGGUCAGCCACUCAAGGUCCACAAAAAGCCUGGGCCGAAACCUGGGAUGAAAGACGCCAUUGAGGUUAUUGAGGCAGUAAUAAGGGCUGCAGGAUGUGAGUCAGAUGCAAAAGAGGAGAGAGAAAAAGAAGAGCGGGAAAGAGGUGAAAUUGAAAAACCAGAUAAACAGGAGGAAUCCGUUGUGGGUCCUGUGGUGACGGUAUCAGACAAAAAGACUGAGAUCAUAACAGUAAAAAGAAUCAGACGAAGACCAGUCUAUCAAAACCCUAAACUGUCUUUCUGUCCUUACGUGCGGAUUAACAACUCAAGGGACUUUUCCUCUUGGUGUGCCAUCGUCAACAAGCCUGAGGAUGCAGUAAUAUUUCAGAGACGGAGAAAAAAGGGCAUACUUCGAAUGAGGAAUCCGUUCACAGUUGCAAAAGUAGUGCCACAAGCUGCUGCCAUGCUACAAGGACCCUUGGUAAACACACAUCUAAGAGACAGGUGUCUUACAUGUAGCCUGUGUGGAAAGCCAGCAAAUUACAGAGACUUGGGUGAUUUGUGUGGACCCUACUACACAGAGGAUAGUGUUCCCCGGAAAGUUUUGACGACCAGCCACAACGAGUCCCUCAGGAUAGGUUCAGAGAAGACAAAUGACAACAACAACAACAACAACAGUAGCAACAGUGAAGAAUCAGGCAACUCCCUAAAGGAUGAGGGAGAGUGCAGCACAAAAAAGGAAGGCAAUACCGAGGCAUUACCACAAGAGGUCAGUAGUAGUAGUAGCAGUAGUCGUCACCAUCACUGGCGCCACAGACGUGCAGAAAGACCUGAAAGAGUGGGUCAGGAGGGCGGUCCGCGAAGAUUAACGCUCAAAGAGAGGUUCAGGCGGAUGAAGCAGCUCCAGUCUGUCAGCACAGGGGCUUCAGGUGACCAAGGCGGCAGUGGCAGCAUGUUCCAGAGGCUACAAGUGGAGGCGGAAGCUAAAGAGCACUGGGCGCAUGAAAACUGUGCCAUCUGGACCAAGGGCGUCAUUAUGGUAGCUGGGAGGCUGUUCGGCCUGAAAGAGGCUGCAAACAACUCAACCCAAACGAACUGCUACAAGUGCCAGAUUGCGGGGGCGUCCCUCAGCUGCUGUUGGAGAGGCUGCUCUCAUAAAUACCACUAUGUCUGCGCCAAAGAGAUAGGCUGCACAUUCCACGAGGAUGACUUCUCCAUCAAAUGUCCUAAACAUGAGGACCUGUAAGAUAUUCCAGUACUCCACCACCACCACCACCACCACCUCACAACCGGUCGAGAAUCACCUUUCCAGCAAGGUAAACAAGACAAA